GGUAGAAACACAACGGAAGCGCACAUAAGCGUGGGUCUACAUUGGCUGGGUCGAGUGUUGUACAACACGAGCGCGUGUUUGCACGCCGCCAAACACGCCAGCGAUAUCAGAAAAAUGUGGUUGAGGAACUUUUCAAGUGGCUAGCGUCAUAAUUUCCGUACUCCGAUCUACGCCCUCUUCUUUUUCGAUUUGACUGACGUUUUGUUUUCGCUUCUAAUGAAGUGGCAUCUUCGAAGAAGCCAGAAGAAAUAUGAAGCGCCCGAGGUUGGGGCAGCCUGGCAGUAUCAUGGUCUCCGUGCUUCCUCUGGGCGACGUGGUAACUAAGCGUGAAGUUCAUCUGGCCGUUAAUGGUCUCUACCCUCUACAACUUCUGGAUUUCCACAAACCAAAAAAGUCCAUUCUCCGUGCAAAGGGGGCGCAUAAAGAUUCCUCUUCUCAGGAGAAUGGAGAAGACAUGAGGAAUAUGGCUUCUUUCGCAGACAUUCGAUCGGCUACAUCAAGCAGACACAAUGUACUACUUAAUUCGAACUGGAUGCCACAAAACGAGGCUUCAGUUGGACUGCGGUCAGUGGACAAUCGACGACGCAACGUGUUAUUCUUAGAUCAAGUUGAAAGGAACAAUAGACCUUCGAUGAUGAUGGAUCAGCCAAUCUCGCGGUCUCAGGCAAGCUCACCGGCAUCCUCUUCAAAUGCCUAUGCAUCGUAUCCAACCAGUUACCAACCGUCUCCUCUUUUUCCCAAACGAGACAUGAGCAACUGCGAUAUUGAGCUGGUCAGUCGAGCUCCACUUUCGCCUGCCGAAUCUGACAACACAAAUGACACGUAUACUAGCCCUCGGCUCAAACGUUGGCUCCGAAUGUCUUCAUUCAAUCAACGAUGGAAACAAAAAUACCUGGACUUUCACUACUCGAACGAUACAGCAGAUGAGAGCGAGAAUGAGUCACCUGGAUUGGAAACACUACGCAAAUAUCCUCAGGUGAUAUCCAACUCGUCCCAGUCGAACCCUGCUAGACCUGACUCGUCCCCGGGAAAGACAAAUUACACUGGGUUUGGAACGACAAAUCCGCCGUCCGGGGAAAGUCCGGUGGUUCGGCGACCUGUCCGGCCCAAAAUAGUCGAAACUCAGGAACCGUCGAUCAACAGAGAAUUCUGUUAUCCAGGUAUGGAGUCCGCCCCCGAUCCGCCUCCUUUCCUGGUCUACGAUGGCUUAAAGACGGUUUUCCCAAAAUCGCUUGCUCCUUCCGAAAACGGUUCACUUCAGGUUAUGAGCAGGAGUCUUCAAGAUUUGUCUCAAACAGAAACUGACAGCACAGAGACCUUGAGACCUCAAGAGUUUCGAAAACCCCCGACCUACGAAUCCACGGUCACUUCAGCUAUCCACAAUUUGCGGUUCUCACCCAUUCUACAGCCAACCUGUGAUAUCGGCAUUUCACCUGAUUCACAGAAAGCGUCUUUACAAGUUUCUCCAUCACACUCCACACAAGCGCCACGUUCAUUUGACACACCUGUUUCCCCAUGGUCCAGCAAAAGAGGGUUGAACAAUCUCUUAUUCACCGAACCUAAAAAUUCAUCCGCCAUGAACAAUUCAUCCUCUUCACCCAGAAGGAACACCACCAAGAUUGUCUACGCCCCGGGUGCGAUCAAAGGCGAUGGACAGAUCGGGAAUGCUACGGAGGAGAGAGAGUGUCAUUCGCCAGACAACUUCCAGAGGAGUUACAAGCCUUCCACCAUCGUCUGCACAGUCAAUCGUUCUGUGUCUGUUAGCCGAUCGGACCCGACGAAUCGAUAUUGAUCCGUAAUGACGUCAUCACCUGGUGUCACAUGGAAUCCAGCUGUGUGUACAGUCGAAAAACAGCUGAUUUGGACGCCGAAAACUUGCUUCAAUUACGGAAAACCGCUCAUGUAUAUUUCUAGUGUGUAACAGAUACUGGUAGUAGAAUACCAUGUAUUUUAUUUACUUCGCUCAAAUGCAUAUAUCCCAG